GGAGCCCGAGGGGGCCGGGGAUGAGCCCGGGGGGACUGGGGGACCUCUGACGGCGCUGCGGAUCGGUUGUGUCUACCUCCCCGCUCCGCGCCCUCGCUCUCUAUAAAAGCCCGUUUUCAUGGAUGUUCCCCCUCCGGGAAGGAGCCUCGGCCUCCUCCCCGCCCGCUGAGUGCUCGUGUUGUUGCUUUUCCCGCAGGUUUAGCGAGGAGGGGGCGCGGCGGAGAGGACAGCCCAAAGGUGACCUGAGAACGAUAACAAACCCGGGAUUUAUUCGCCUGUGCAAAGCUGGCUCCGCAAAAACCUGCUGUCCAGGUGGUGCUGUGGAUGUGUAGUGACUUUGCCUGUGGUGAUUUGUCUGCCAUAGAAACUGGAUGGCUUCUACGGUGAGCCUGGGCAAGGAAACCUUGUUGGAAGAUGGAAUGCCACCUGCAAAGAAGCCCAGGAAGCUGUUGCCAAGCCUCAAAACCAAGAAGCCUCAGGAACUCGUUCUGGUGAUUGGGACAGGAAUUAGUGCUGCAGUUGCUCCCCAGGUCCCAGCACUGAAGUCUUGGAAGGGGCUGAUCCAGGCCCUCCUGGAUGCUGCUAUUGACUUUGAUCUCCUGGAAGAUGAAGAAAGCAAACGGUUCCAGAAGUGUCUCCAUGAAGACAAGAACUUGGUUCAUGUUGCCCAUGACCUUAUCCAGAAGCUGUCUCCGCGCACAAGCAACGUUCGCUCAACCUUUUUCAAGGACUGUUUAUACGAGGUGUUUGAUGACCUGGAAUCUAAAAUGGAAGAUUCUGGGAAGCAGCUGCUUCAGUCUGUGCUUCACCUGAUGGAAAACGGGGCCCUUGUGUUAACCACAAACUUUGAUAACCUGCUGGAGCUGUACGCAGCGCACCAGGGGAAGCACCUCGAGUCUCUUGACCUGACUGAUGAAAAGAAGGUGCUGGAGUGGGCACAGGAGAAGAGGAAGCUCAGUGUCCUGCACAUCCACGGCGUCUACACCAACCCCAGCGGCAUCGUCCUGCACCCGGCCGGGUACCAGAACGUGCUGCGCAACACCGAGGUCAUGCGAGAGAUUCAGAAGCUCUAUGAAAAUAAGUCCUUCCUCUUCUUGGGCUGUGGUUGGACUGUUGAUGACACCACGUUUCAGGCCCUGUUUUUAGAGGCUGUCAAGCACAAGUCAGACCUGGAGCACUUCAUGCUGGUGCGGAGGGGGGAUGUGGAUGAGUUCAAGAAGCUCCGUGAGAACAUGCUGGACAAGGGGAUCAAGGUGAUUUCCUACGGGGACGAAUACGCCGACCUGCCCGAGUACUUCGAGCGGCUGACGAGCGAGAUCGCCAUGCGGGGCCGCACAGGUGUGCCCAAGGAGGGGCAGCAGCUGAACGGCUCCGCGGCUGCCCAUGCUGAGAGAAAAGGAUGCAGCACCUGAGCCUCAGCCCUGCCCUGAGCCGUGGGGAGCUCCCAGGAUGGGCCCAAGCCAGGCCAGCAGCCCCAGGGGGGCCAGAGCCCAUGGAGCCAGGACCCUUCCAGCAGGGAACAGGCUGGGCAGAGCCUCCUUGGACAGACACCUGGUUUAACGUAGCUCAUCGUGGUUCUGGGGGGGCUGCGAGUGCCUGCGGAGCGCGGUGCCCCCGAGGGAGCUGCAGCCUCCUCUGAUUUCAUACCUAGUGCUUUUAUAUUCUGUACUCCAAUUUUCAAAACAAUGAAACUUGAGCUUUUUUUUUUUUUUUUUAACUGGAAGCUCUAGUUUUCUAGUCCUGUCUUUAUACUGUACAGUAUUUUGUAUGUUGAAGUUGUAUUAAAGGCCUGCUCACUGAA